AUAUGAGAAAAUGAGAAGAAAACAAUUAUAGAAAGAAGAAGGGAUCCAAGUAGACAGAGCACUCAUUUGAUCUUUUAUAGUUUUAUUUUAUUUUAUAUUUCGCACUCAUUUAGCCUGCACAGUCAGCCUUCGAAACACACUUUGCUAAACAACGCCGCCGCUCAAUUUUUGUAAUUUGCAUACAUUUUCCGAUUUCAUUUCUCUUCUCACAUAAUCUCAUUCACAUCAACGCUCCACACGCUCUCGAGCAGUUUGGAAUCCAUAUUUCGGUCUCAAAUUUCGAAAUACCAGCGUUUUCGCACCGGCAAAUUCCUCCUCUAACAAUAAACAGCUCCAAUUUCCACGAUUCGUCGUACUUUUUCGUCGUAGAAUUUGAAGAUGAGGGCUAAAGUUGUCGUGUUUCCGAUCAGAGGAAGGAAUUGGUGUUUCAGCCGAUCGAUUGACCCUUCGACGGCCGGUGCUCAAUCAUCCACCGCUCCGUCGACGGUGAAGGAGCUCUGGAACAAAAUCUCCAGCAAUAAGCCGUCCGAGGACUCGAAAGUUGAGCUCGCCGUUGAUUUCUUCGCAAACAAGAUGAAUGGAGCCUGGACUAAGCUGGAGAAGGCGCCCCAAGGAACUUUCAAGAAUAAAAUUCAUGGGUUGGGGGUGAGGUUGUUGUCACGUGUGAAGCCAUCAGAAAUCUUCUUUAAAUCUAUUCCAAAGGAGAUUAAUAGAGUGGAUAUUGUAUAUCCAUCAAGUUUGAAUCCACGACUUGUUCGUCGAAGACUCCGACAUCUAGCAUUCAGGGGAUCGAUUAUUCACACGAAAUACUUCUACUUCUCAGCCAUAAUGGUCCCUUUGACAUCAGUUUUCAUGGUUCUUCCUUUGCCUAACAUCCCAUUCUUUUGGCUCUUGUUCCGUGCCUAUUCUCACUGGAGAGCAUCACAGGGAAGUGAAAAGCUGAUGCACUUAGUCAGUGAUGCCUCCUAUCGACCCCUUCCUUCUGAUCAGACGGCCAAAAGCGAAGAUUGUUCCACACAAGAUAAAAACAGUGAAAAUUCGACAACUUCUCCAUUGGUUUUUCAGCCGUCGGAAGAACUGGAAAAGCUUAUCCAAAAUAAGGAUGGUGACAAUGGUCUGAGUGAGUGUGUGAUAUCGAAGAUCUGCCAGAAACACUAUCUGAAUGCUGCAGAUGUGAAGAAAUACAGGGAUUCAGUUUAGUCACAAGUUUUAGGUAGUUUCUUCUGCUGCUUUCCAGUUUUAAUGAAUUCCAUUCAUUCUUGAGAAUUUUUUUGCUAGUUACCCAUGUUUUUUCCUGGUUGGAAUUCUAACAAAUCUGUAUAUGUUUCUCGUAGAAAAAGCAAUAAAGAUUGCCCAUUUAGGCAAUGGUGCAAGAAAACCAUAAUCUAAUCUGGGAACAUGAAUGCUUAAAAUGGGAUUAAUUGCAAAGUUGUGUUGUGAUUUACCAUUUCAA